GGAAAGAGCGUCAGCAGGCCGCUAUUGCUGCAAGUGCAACUGCAGAGCCUGUUUUGCCGGCGGAAGGUACACAUGAGGGUGCCUCGAAUUCUGCUGAGGCCAUGCAUGGCGUUGGGCCUCCGUCACACGAUACACUAGAGACAAUCGUGGUGGAUCGAGUUGCGACAAGCAGUGAGCCAGAAGUAUUAGCUUCGCACUCACAAGGAGCAGUCCUUGAUGCUGUAGACAAUGUUCUGCCAUUGUCGGAGCUUCCUGACGGACAAGUCGUCAUUAAUUCCGCGGAAGUCGCGAGUACUUCUAGUACACUCAUUGCAGAGUGUGGUAGAGACGCUGGCGGGGAACCUGAAAUUAACAAGGUUUACGUCUCCGGAUGGGACAGCGACUUGACAGAUCUCUUCUCGGAAGACGAAGACGUCGAUUCGGACCCUGGUGCCAAAGACACUUCCACGAUCAAGAUUCGCAUCCCUGUCCUUGCUUCUCGACUUCCUAGCGGCGCCAAUGCGCGAGUGUGCGGGAUCAAGCGCUGUAACAUCGUAUUGCCUCCGGAUUACCGCUGGAAGAUCUGUGAUUCCUGUCGGAGAUACCAACGGAAGUACCAGAAGAUUCGUAUGGAGAAAGCACGUCGUCGUAUGGAGGACUUCUCUCGGAUAGGCACUCAUGAAUCUGCUCUCGUUCGUAAUCAUCCUGCACCGUUUCCGGAGGAACAAACCGACGAGGUGACACCAGCGGAAGGCUCGCGCGUCUGCGCUGUUCCUCGUUGUCACACAAGGCUGUUGCCUGUGACCGAAUACAGGUGGAAAUGCUGUAGAGUUUGCCGCAUGCGUGCUCGUGACGACGCAAGAGCAAAACGAUCGACUGCCGGAGCCAUCCUAGACUUGGAAGAUCCAGUGGAGCAGACUUCUUCCAUGGACAUUUCGCCCUUUCCUGUCUUUCAAAACCGCAGCGUGUUGUUGUCAGAGUUUCGCACAAUGCUGGAGCGGUUCUUGGAAGCACAGAUCUUGUACUUGCGCGUGAAGCUACAGACAGCAGGUGAGAAAGCGUUGUUGAGGCUCGAUCCCGUGUUGUUUGCGUUCGACGGCGAAUAUUCGACGGUGACCGGCCAGCGGGGAUACCAGGAUCAUGUCCAAGGCAAGUCUGGUCCUGAGCACAUUCAGGAGGAAGAGAUGAAAAAAGAAGCUAUCUCCACUGUCAGGGAGCUCGAUAGUACCCUCCUCACGGAAUUUAAGCCAACAGAAGGUUUUAGAAUCAAGACCGGAGGGGUGAUCGUGCGAUACAAAUGUGCCUUAGAGCUGACCAUCCCACUACGUCCUUUACCCAAGACAACGGACUCGAAGGAUACCAACACUUCUAUACCCUCAGAAAGUGAUACUUCGUCAUCACAUGUUCCUUACAUGAAGUCGGUGUUUGGGGAACUGGAAGUAGCGAUUGUUCCCGAUGACUCACACAGUAUUUUACUGGGUCGACGAACUAUUAUCCGAUUCCGCAUGCUGGGCUAGCUAGGAUAGCCUUCGUUUGGAGCCGUUUUACGAUACUUGCC